CCAUGGGAUGUGAAUGCAGCAUCUGGGGUUGGCUGCAGUGACUGGGUUCCACUUGUCAGUGCAGAAGUCAGUGGGAUAGGAUGGCUAACAUCCUGCUUGGAGCUGCCCUGGUGACUGGAGCGAACCGUGGGAUCGGACUGGAGCUGAUCCGCCAGCUGGUGGACAGUGAGCGAUCACCGCGGGUCCUGUUCGUUGGCUGCAGAGAGCCUGAGGGUCCCAGAGUCAGAGAUCUCAAGAACAUUGCAGAAAAGCACCCCAACGUGAUAGUGGUGAAGCUGGACGUGACCGACUCUCAGAGUAUCGCAGAGUGUGUGGAGCAGGUGGAGAAGGUGCUGGAGAAGGGUGGGCUGAACCUGUUGAUUAAUGAUGCGGGGAUAGCCACCUGCGACACACUGGAAACCCUGACUGCCGAAAUCAUGGAGCAGACGUUCACAACCAAUAUAGUGGCACCAAUAAUGAUGGCCAAGGCUUUCGUGCCAACUCUGAAGCGAGCGGCUGCGCUGAGCAACUUCAAGGGUCUGAGUUGCAGCAAAGCAGCUGUGAUCAACAUGUCCUCCAUCUUGGGCUCCCUGGAGUUGAACAUAGACGUGAAGGGCCCCGAUGAUGCGUACUCCUACAAGACCAGCAAGGCUGCUGUGAACAUGUUCACCCAGUGUCUGGCUAAACAACUGAACCCUGACGGAAUCCUUUAUGCUGCGCUUCACCCCAGCUGGGUCCAAACGGAUAUGGGUGGGAAUGAGGCACCGUUAUCCGUAGAGGAUAGUAUCUGUGGCCUCAUUCAAGUGAUGACAAGUCUUUCGGAUAAAAGCGAGCAUUUCCUGGACUGGAAAGGAGACCACUUGCCCUGGUGAAUGUCAUGUAACUGUGGAAGGCAGGUGUUUGUGAAGCACUUAUCGUCCACCACCUUGGGACGUCCUCCCGAUGUGAAAGGUGCUAUAAAAAUGUAAUUUUUGUUGAUGUUCAGGCCCUGGUGCAUUCAGACAGAGCACGACCACCCUAAUGUUGUCUUGAAAUUCCAGGAGGGAAAAUAAAAGUUCCAGUGCUGUGAAAAUAAAAAUAAAACUAUAACAUUCACCUGACCGUG